GGCUCGACUCGUUUGCCCUAAAUAUUCUUUUUAGCUAUGGCGAGCGAGCGUCUCCAGCAGGCGAUUCUACUCCUCCCGCUGCUGCUCAUGGCGUGCGAUGUCUGGACUGCUGUUCGUUCUCUCCCUGCUAAGCAUCACCACCACAGCGAUCGGCAGCCUCCACAGGAACAAGUCGUCCAGCCGCCCUACGUACCUGGAGCCAAGGACGCGGCCAGUUACGGUGGAAAAUUUCACAUCUCGUUUUGCACGUCGUGUUCGUUCAAGAACCAAGCGAUGCAGACGAAAACUAUGCUCGAGACUCUCGUGCCUGGCACCGUCGUUGUGCUGUCGAACUAUCCUCCGCCAUUCCACAAGCGCAUGCUCAGCAAGAUCGUUCCAGCGAUCCAGUUUGGAGGCAUCGGCGUUGCUUUGGCUGGAGAGCAAAUCUUUCCAAUGCUCGGCUACGCUGCCCCGCCCGCGUGGUACAACACGUUCCGCCAGAACAAAUUCGGAGCGGUGGCCAGCUGCUGGCUGAUUGGGAACUUCCUACAGAACGCACUCCUGGGCACGGGAGCUUUCGAAGUUUACUACGAUGGUGAUCUGGUGUUUUCCAAGCUUCAGACAAAAAGAUUUCCCACAGAUGACGAGCUUCGUGAUUCCAUUGGGAAACUUUUGGUACGGAAGACAGGCACGGUAUAUUAGUUAUGGUUCUUGAUGACUGACGAUGCUUCGUAUGGUCCGUGCUGUCCGUCCGAGUAACGAACUGUAAAAACUCUUUUCCUUUUUUUCCCUAAAUCUCGGCUGCAGGAGCAGCAGCAGCCGACUCUCAUUUAUAA